AUGGUGGAAAGAGGUCCCGACCAAUGGCUGGAGAAGAUUAAGAAAUGCCAGUCUCUGAGCGAGAACGAGAUGAAGCAGUUGUGUGAAAUGGUGAAGGAACUUCUGAUGGAGGAGUCAAACAUUCAGCCCGUGCAGACGCCUGUUACGGUAUGUGGCGAUAUCCACGGUCAGUUUCACGAUCUGCUCGAGCUUUUUCGGACCGCGGGCGGAUUUCCAGAUCAGGUGAAUUACAUCUUUCUUGGAGACUACGUGGAUCGUGGCUACUACAGCUUGGAGACGUUCACACUCCUGAUGUGCUUAAAAGUUAGGUAUCCCUCGCGGUUGACGCUGGUGCGGGGCAAUCACGAGUCGCGCCAAAUCACACAGGUAUAUGGUUUCUACGAGGAGUGCCUGAACAAGUACGGCUCUACCACAGUGUGGAAGUAUUGCUGCCAAGUUUUCGACUUUUUGACUCUUGCUGCGAUCAUCGACGGCAAAAUCCUCUGCGUGCAUGGUGGUCUUUCGCCUGAAAUCCGCAUGCUAGAUCAGAUCCGUGUGCUCUCGCGUGCACAGGAAGUACCACACGAAGGUGGGUUCUCUGACCUGCUGUGGAGUGACCCCGAUAACGUUGACGCGUGGCAGGUGUCGCCCAGAGGCGCCGGUUGGCUGUUCGGAAGCAAGGUGGCACGCGAGUUCAACCACGUUAAUGGACUGAACUUAAUCGCACGCGCCCACCAGCUGGUCAUGGAGGGGUUUAAAUACCACUUUCCGGAGAAAGAUGUAGUAACCGUGUGGUCUGCGCCGAACUACUGCUACCGAUGCGGCAAUGUUGCUAGUGUCAUGAAGGUUGACGAGGAUCUUGAACCCACUUUCAAGAUCUUCUCUGCGGUUCCCGAUGACUACAUUCAAGAAACAAACCACAACAAUCAACGAGGCGGGUACUUUUUAUAG